AUGGCAGAGAAAGUGUUUGGGUUUGAGCGUGAUACCUUCAUCUUGCAUGAAGAUAUUUUUCAGCUUGCAUCCAUGGUUGCGAUAGGAGCCAUUGUGAUUGCAGUAUACAUGAGUUACCUAUUUGACCUUUUAAAAAUGGCAAAUAUGGUAAACCUUGUUGGCCUUGUCAACCUUGCACAAUUAGCGCUCAAUCUAGAUUGUUAUCUCAAAGAUCACGGCAUCUAG